CUCCAAUGAAACGAGCCGAGUAAGCGCUGAACAUUUUUGGGUCGACCGUGCAGGCACAAAUAGCCAUGCCCCGCGACGGAUGCAGGCGUUGAAAUAGUGCGCGUAGCCUCUUCAAAUAAACACAUUCAAGGCCACUCCACCCACGUCUUCCUCUAGACUUUCAUCAUACGCGUUAUCGGAAUAUGGUCGAGCCAGUUGGAGCAACGCUCGGCGCAGUGUCGCUCGCAACUGCACUGUCAGGCAUCUUUGUCUCAGUAGUGGAAUGCUUUGAGUACGUGGAGCUGGGCCGUCGAUUCGGCAAUGACUUUGACAAGUCCCGGGCUCGACUUGCAGCAUUAAAGCUGCAAAUCACAAGAUGGGGAGUUGCUACCGGCGCGCUCCCAGAUCCACGAACGAGAACACACCGAGCAUUGAACGUCGAUUCUUAUACUGCUUCCGCCGCACUGCAUCUUCUCAUUGUAAUACGGGAUGAUACCAUCGAAGUGGAACAGAAAUCGCAAAAAUACCAUGCCCAGCCGCCCCCGAUAAGUAGGGUCGAUUUGGCGGUCCUUAGCCCUAACGAAAUAGACGCCCCGACCGAGGCGCUGAACUCGCAGAUGCGUGCCAUUAUUUCCAAGCGUGUUCAAGGGGUGCCAUGGAAAAGAAGGGCGAAAUGGGCUAUAUACGAGAAAAAACACUUCGAUAGGCUCCUAGAUGACAUCACUGAAAAUCUCGGUCAGCUAGAGAAGCUGCUCCCGCAGGCUGCGGAGUAUCAGAAGGAGUUAUGCCGCAUCGAAGUCGAAGAAAUUCAAGACGGCCAGUCGGAGGCGGUCAUGGAGCUGCUUUAUGACGCGGCUCAAUUUAACAAAGAUGCCCUGCUGGAGCAGGCGGUGCGGGAGGCAAUUAUCGCGAAGGGCUCUGGUCAUAGCUGGGAGCGGACGGAAGUGGGCAAUAAUGUCAAGCUAGAGCAAGGCGACCGUAUUGCGAAAGGCUACGCAGGCCAGGCACCUGUAGGUAGGGUCGGCCAUAAUUAUGGCGUGACGAUCGGAAAGGGGCAUGCUGAGAUCCGCCAAGGAGAUAUUUAUGGGCUGAUAUGAUGGGAGUAGUGCGCAUUGAGGCGGAGCUUAGCCCAAGGUGUUGUGAUAAGAAGUUGUGAAAUAUUGUAUUUAGGGGUUCUAGCACUCCCCUGUAUUUACUAUGGUGUUCUGGGGUGAUCAUGACGACUAGAGGAUCGGGUCAGCUGGGAACUACGUUACCUAAUGGCAGAG